CACAUUUCUUGUUACGUUCUUUCAAAAUCCAUCUCUCGCAUUGAUUCUUCAACUCUCAAAGAAUCGCAAGUCUUGCUAUUGAAAGAAUCGGAAGAAAGAAAAGAGAUCAAGAAGAGUCAUGGUGUCUCCGGGACGGAGUGAAUCUACCUCCGGCGACAACAAUUCACCCUCGCCCGACGGAAGCAGCGACAAGAGACCUUCACCUUCUCCAGCAGAUAAAUCUCCAUCCAAACGCCAAAAGUUGGAAGGUGGCGGCGCUUCGGCGGCUAAAGAAACCGAUACACUACCUCCUUCGGAUUCUGGUAAAUGCGUGUUAGGCGACAAUACUUCAACCUCCGAAGACGCCAAGAUUGAUGCCUAUGCUGUGGCUGUUACGACGGCGCAACCACCACCGGUUGCGGAAGGCUCAACACCGAUUUUGGAAGAGAAUGCAUAUUUUGCAAGAUGGAUAUACUUACACAGUAAGUUUGAGUUCCCGUGGUGUCGAUUGAUAUCACAGUCUGCACAGUAUCCAAGCAUUGAAAUUUUUCAAUCAACCUACACUGUUGGUUCUAGUGUAACCUGCUCUUUCACAUUCGAAGACCGGGAACUCAGUUCAUACUUGUUCAAGAUCACAAGAAUUCAGCGCAAAGGCAAUGUUGUAGCGGUUCUAGAGACUACAGGAAAGAGGGGAUAUGUGUUGGUAAACAGAAUAUAUGUCGAGAAGAAAGUCAACCAAGUGCUAAACUCUGGUGACGAAGUGGUUAUUCGUUUUAGCAGGAACACCUAUGCUUUCAUAUAUCAGCAACUGCCUAAAGUUCCAGCAAAAGCUGGUUCAGUUCAGGUUCCUGCAGGAAAGUUUCUAGAGUUAGAGAGAGAGGCAAGAGAUCCAACAGGUAGUUCAAUUUUUUCAUCGCUUAAAAGCUUGAAGCAGGACUUAUCUCGUCGAAAAUCAUCAAGCCAUGAAUCCAGUAAGAGCCACCAAGCGCCAGAGUCUGUGGUCCAAGUUGACGGCAUGGGAGCAGUCAGUAGCCACAACCAAGAUUCCAAAAUGCAGAUAUUAGAUGAGAUAAACGAGGUGACAAGUAAGUCACAACAAGCUUCAACAUCAGGCAAUGGUCUGCAAUCUGCAAUAGUCAGAGAAGGCAUUCAAGCUGGUAUUGUUGAAGGCGAAAACUUGGAAGUUUCAAUCAAAACUUUUCCCUAUUAUUUGAGUGAACAUACAAAGGCUACCUUAAUACAUACUUCAUUUAUACAUCUGAAGAAAAAAGAAUAUGCCCACUUUGUCUCCGACAUGACCCAUCUGAAUCCAAGGAUAUUGCUUUCUGGUCCCGCAGGGUCUGAAAUAUACCAAGAGACGUUAGCUAAAGCACUUGCCAAUGACCUGGAGGCGAAAUUGCUAAUAUUUGACAGCAAUCCAAUUUUGGGGGCUCUGGCUGCUAAGGAAAUUGAGUCACUGAGGGAUGGACUUGCUUCUAAUAAGUCAUGUAAGCUUCCCAAUCAGAGUAUUGAGCUCAUUGAUCAAGGGAAAAGCCCGGAUUUGUCAGCUGGUGGAGGAGUUGCUUCUAGCCCUUCUCCGGCUACUUCUUCUAGUGACAGAGUAAAAUUCGUCGGUACUGAGUUGUAUUCGGGGUCAUCUACCUUAGGCUUAAGGGGACCUCCUAAAGGGAUUACAGGGAAAGUAAUUUUAGUAUUUGAUGAGAAUCCUUCAGCUAAAGUGGGUGUUAGAUUUGAUAAGCCAAUACCUGAUGGAGUUGAUCUUGGUGAACUGUGUGAAACAGGACAUGGGUUCUUCUGCAAAGCUACUGAUCUGAAGUUCAAAAGCUCGAGUUCUGAGGCUCUAGCUAAAUUACUUGUUAACACAUUGUUUGAGGUUGUCCAUACUGAGAGCAGAACUCGUCCGUUAAUUCUAUUUUUGAAAGAUGCUGAGAAAUCUGUUGUUGGAAAUUCCGAUUUGUACUCUGCGUUCCAAAUCAGACUUGAAUAUCUCCCAGACAACGUAAUUGUGAUCGGUUCACAGACACACUCUGAUCAUCUCAAGGAGAAGGAUAUUGGACGACAAAAGGAGCAAGGGAAUGAAGUCCCACAGGCAACAGAACUUCUAGCGGAGCUCUUUGAGAAUAAAGUUCCUAUUCAAAUGCCACAGGAUGAGGAACUUCUUACAUUGUGGAAGCAUCAAAUGAAUCGUGAUGCUGAGAUUUCGAAAGUGAAGGCUAAUUUCUAUCACUUGCGCAUGGUGUUAAGACUAUGUGGUCUGGGAUGUGAAGGAAUUGAGACACUGUGCAUGAAGGAUCUCACACUUCAAAGCGACAGUGCAGAAAAGAUCAUUGGAUGGGCUUUUAGUAACCAUAUAAGCAAUAAUCCUGAUACUGAUCCAGCUAAGAUUAUUUUGUCUCGUGAGAGCAUAGAAUUUGGAAUAGGACUCUUACAGGGUGAUCUUAAAGGUUCUAGGAGCUCAAAGAGGUCUCUCAAGGACAUUGUGACAGAAAAUGAGUUUGAAGAGAGGCUUCUAAGUGAUGUAAUCCUGCCCAGUGACAUUGAUGUUACAUUUGAUGACAUUGGGGCACUUGAGAAAGUCAAAGAUACCUUAAAGGAACUGGUUAUGCUCCCUUUACAACGGCCUGAACUUUUCUGCAAGGGGCAAUUAACAAAGCCUUGUAAAGGAAUUCUCUUAUUUGGACCUCCUGGUACUGGAAAGACCAUGCUUGCAAAAGCAGUGGCAAAGGAAGCUGUUGCGAACUUCAUCAACAUCUCAAUGUCAAGCAUCACAUCUAAGUGGUUUGGUGAGGGUGAGAAGUAUGUCAAAGCUGUCUUUUCUUUGGCCAGUAAAAUGUCCCCUUGCGUUAUCUUUGUGGACGAGGUGGACAGCAUGCUAGGCCGAAGAGAAAACCGACAGGGACAUGAAGCCAUGCGGAAGAUGAAAAAUGAGUUCAUGAUGCAUUGGGACGGUCUAACGACUAAGGAAAUGGAACGUGUUCUGGUUCUUGCAGCCACAAAUCGGCCUUUUGACCUUGAUGAGGCUGUCAUUAGACGGUUGCCCCGUAGGUUGAUGGUGGGACUACCAGAUACUUCAAAUAGAGCGUAUAUAUUAAAGGUUAUACUUGCAAAAGAAAACGUGUCCCCUGGUUUGGACAUUAAUUGGAUUGCUAGUAUGACUAAUGGAUAUUCUGGAAGUGAUCUUAAGAAUCUAUGUGUUACUGCUGCCCACCGUCCAAUCAAGGAGCUAGUGGAAAAGGAAAAAAGAGAGCGAGAUGCUGCUCUGGCUGAAGGCAAAGUUCCUCCAGCUCUAAGAGGAAGUUCUGAUCUCCGAGCUUUAAACAUGGAGGAUUUCAGAUACGCACAUGAGCAGGUGUGUGCAAGCGUCUUAUUAGAGUCUGCGAACAUGACAACGCUUCAACAAUGGAACGAAAUCUACGGGGAAGGUGGAUCCAGAAAGCAGCAAUCAUUCAGCUUCUACAUGCACAGGGUCGACCAAACCGAGUCGACGCAGUUGUAUAACAGAAGCAUUUCCCACUCAGAGGAAGCAGCGAAGCGAAAAAUGUCAGAUCUGGUCGCGACGUCGCCGUCGCCGUCUUCAGCGCCGAGAUCCGCCACAGACUUCUUCUCCGAUCCUUACGACUCUCAUCCUCUAUGGUUCAAGCCUUCCCUCUUCCUCUCCCCUAACUUCGACUCCGAGUCCUACAUCUCAGAGCUCCGUACAUUCGUUCCCUUUGACACUCUCCGAUCCGAGCUCCGGUCACACCUUGCAUCCCUCAACCGCGAACUUGUUGAUCUCAUCAAUCGAGAUUAUGCCGAUUUCGUGAAUUUAAGCACUAAGCUCGUAGAUAUCGAUGCAGCUGUGGUCCGUAUGCGCGCUCCGCUCCUUGAGCUCCGUGAGAAGAUCACUGGAUUUCGUGGAUCUUUGGAGGCAGCACUUUUUGCACUAAGGAAUGGAUUGCAGCAGCGCUCUGAUGCUGCUGCUGCUAGGGAGGUUCUCGAAUUGUUGCUCGACACAUUUCAUGUGGUAUCCAAGGUUGAAAAACUUAUUAAAGUUCUACCAAGUACUCCUUCUGAUUGGCAAAACGAGGAUGCGAAUUCCAUGGGAAGGAGUUCUAUGAAUUAUGAGAAUUCAACGCAGCAAGAUGGCACAACCAUGAGAGAAACCCAGAGCAUGCUUUUGGAAAGAAUUGCUAGUGAAAUGAAUCGGCUCAAGUUCUAUAUGGCUCAUGCACAGAACCUGCCUUUCAUUGAGAACAUGGAGAAGAGGAUUCAGAGCGCUAGUGUGUUAUUGGAUGCUAGCCUAGGUCAUUGCUUCAUUGAUGGGCUAAACAACAGCGAUACAAGUGUCCUUUACAACUGCUUACGUGCUUACGCUGCCAUUGAUAACACCAAUAAUGCAGAAGAAAUUUUCCGUACAACGAUUGUGGCUCCAUUUAUACAGAAAAUUAUUACACAUGAAACAUCAACGGAUGCUGCUGGAACAUCAGGAGAUGAACUUGAAAACGAUUACAAACAGAUCAAGCAUUUUAUUGCUAAGGACUGUAAAAUGCUGCUAGAAAUAUCUUCAACUGACAAAUCAGGUUUACACGUCUUCGACUUCUUGGCAAAUUCAAUCCUGAAAGAAGUUCUUUGGGCAAUCCAGAAAGUCAAACCAGGAGCGUUUUCUCCUGGAAGGCCUACUGAGUUCUUAAAGAAUUACAAGGCAAGCGUGGAUUUCCUGGCAUAUCUUGAAGGUUAUUGUCCGUCAAGGUCUGCUGUAACUAAGUUUCGAGCUGAAGCUAUAUGCAUCGAAUUCAUGAAGCAAUGGAAUGUGGGAGUAUAUUUUUCACUGAGGUUUCAGGAGAUAGCUGGAGCCUUGGAUUCUGCUCUUACUUCUCCUUCUCUGGUUUUCAUUCAGGAUUCAGAUAAACGGAGUUCGCUCAACUUAAUUCUCAGACAGAGUGAUACUCUUUUGGAGUGCUUGCGAUCAUAUAGCAUUUGGGUGUCAUCUGCGAUGAAUAAUAGAAAGAGUAAUGCCAGCCCGAGUCCUGGAUGUGAAUGGGCUGUUUCAGCAACUGCAGAAGAUUUUGUAUAUGUUAUACAUGAUGUAAAUUGUCUAGUCUCAGAAGUUUGCGGGGAUUACCUUGGACAUAUAUCACAGUAUUUAUCUUCAUGCUCCACUGAAGUUCUUGAUGUGGUGAGGAUGAGCAUAGAACAGGGUGGGGCAUCACUAGAGAAAGUCCUACCUUUAGUUACCAAGACAAUAAUUGACGUCAUUGUUGAUAAAUCUGUUGAGGACCUAAGGCAGCUCAAGGGAAUAACCGCUACAUAUAGGAUGACUAAUAAGCCACUGCCUGUUAGGCACUCACCAUAUGUUGUCGGGCUAUUGCGUCCUGUAAAGAACUACUUGACCCAAAAAACAAGGGAGGAGUUACUGCAUGGCAGUGUCAGUGAAAUUACCAGGCGGUAUUAUGAAUUAGCUGCUGAACUUGUUAGCGUGGCAAGAAAAACAGAGUCAUCGCUUCAGAAAUUACGUCAAAAUGCACAGAGACGAGCAGGUGCAGCAUCAGGUGUUUCUGAUCAAAAUGUAUCUGAAACAGACAAGAUGUGUAUGCAGUUGUUCCUUGAUAUUCAGGAGUAUGGCCGAAACGUUUCUGCUUUGGGGCUGAAACCGGCGGAUAUCCCGGAGUAUUGUUCCUUCUGGCAAUGUGUUGCACCUGCGGAUAGGCAAAACACAAUCAGUGUUUGAGGAUGCACGCUUCCUACAUCAUUGCAGUAUCAUAUAUAUCUUGAAAUAAGAAAUCGCCGCUUCUCUCUUCUAUCACUUGUGUUUGUUUGCUUUAAUAGUGAAGAGAAGAGGAAGAGAGUUUUGUUGAAGAGAGAGUGUGUUUUUUUGCCAAAGUUGCAUUAUGAUUGAGAGAUCUGAGUUAGUGCCAGCUUUGGCCAUUUAAUCUUUUUGUAGGACUAUUUCAUCUUCAGU